AUGAAUUUAAAAAUACUUAUUUUUCUUUUUUGUUCCAAUUUUUUAUUACUAUAUUCAACAACAGAUGCUUGUGGUAUUAAUGAAUGGAGAUGUGAAACAGGCGGUCGUUGUAUUCCAUUAUCAUGGCGUUGUAAUCGAGUUGUUGAUUGUACGGAUUCAUCAGAUGAACGAAAUUGCACUUAUUCAAGAUGUUUGGAUACACAAUUUGAUUGUGGUGAUCGGUGUAUACCUCGUUCAUGGGUAUGUGAUGGUGAUAAUGAUUGUGGAAAUAAUACAGAUGAACAAAAUUGUCCUCCAAGACGAUGUUCAAGUACACAAUUUCAAUGCAAUGAUUCACGAUGUAUUGAUGCAUCAAUGAAAUGUAAUCAUGUAAAAGAGUGUACUGAUGGUAGUGACGAAGGAACAUUUUGCAAUUAUCGUCAAUGUGAUUCUUCAACAGAAUUUCAAUGUGAUAUACAACGAUGUUUACCAUUAACACAAAAAUGUGAUGGUUAUUAUAAUUGUGUUGAUCGAACUGAUGAAUUAAAUUGCAAUAGUACUGCAUGUCCUACAAAUCAAUUUCGAUGUGUUUCAGAUGGUACAUGUAUACCAAACUAUCAACGUUGUGAUUUUCGUUCACAAUGUAGUGAUGGAUCCGAUGAAGCAAAUUGCACACGACCAAAUUGUACACUAGGUCAAUUUCGAUGUUCUAAUGGAAGAUGUAUUCCAUCAUCAUGGGUUUGUGAUGGUGAUGAUGAUUGUUCUGAUCGAAGUGAUGAAGUGCAUUGUAGUUCAAGACAAUGUCCACCACAUAUGUAUCCAUGUAAUGUUACUGGGCAAUGUAUUGAUAUAACAAAAGUUUGUAAUGGUCAAAAAGAUUGUGUAGAUGGUACAGAUGAAAGCUCACAAUGUGGUAGUCAACUUUGUGGUUUUUUAUCCUGUGAACAUGCAUGUCGUCCAACACCAGAUGGUCGUGGUAAAUGUUAUUGUCCAGUUGGAUUUCAAAUUAAUCCAACAAAUAAUCGAUCUUGUAUUGAUGUUAAUGAAUGUGAAAUAUGGGAUGAAUGUGAUCAAGAUUGUCAAAAUACAAUUGGAUCAUAUGCAUGUACUUGUCGAGCAAAUUAUACACUUGAAUCAAAUAAUCGAUGCAAACAUAUUAAUAGUGAUAAUAUGAAAAUGUUUGUAUCAAUAGCAAAUAAAAUUUAUGAAAUUGAUCGAAUUGGUAAUGCUCGAAUAAUCUAUACUGGUCCAGAAAAUAUGACUAUACGAGCAAUUGAUUAUCAUUAUAAAAAUCAAACGCUUUAUUUUAUUGAUCCAUAUGCAGAUAAAAUCUAUUCAUUAUUAUUAUCUUCUCUAUCAUUACCAGCAAGAGUUGUUCUUGAAAAAAAUAUUCUUGUACCAACAUCAAUUGCGAUUGAUUGGAUAACAAAUAAAUUAUAUGUUGUUGAAUAUAUUUUAUCACGUAUUGAUAUGUUUUCAUUAGAUGGAAAAGCAAUGAAAACGAAUAUAGUUACGAAUAAUAUUCAUCGUCCAACAUCCAUAGCUAUUGAUCCUAUUGCUGAAUAUUUAUUUUUUGCUGAUGAAGGUAAUUGGAAUCAAAUACCAGCAAAAAUAUUUCGAUGUCUUCUUGAUGGUUCACGAUGUACAUCAUUAGUUAACCAAAAAUUAGACCAACCAAGUGAUUUAACAGUUGAUUUUAUUAAACAAAGACUCUAUUGGGUUGAUCAAGUUUAUGAUCAUGUUGAAAGUUGUGAUUAUCAUGGAGCACGAAGAAUAACAAUAACAUCGGGUAGUCAAAAUAUUCCUCAUUCAGUUGGAAUUGAUUUAUUUGAAAGCAAUCUCUAUUUAAAUGAUGAUAUGAAAGGUGCAGUAUUACAACUUCGACGACAUUUUAAUUCUAAUGUAACAUAUUUCUAUAAACCUCAAUCAUUCAUACGACCACGAGGAAUAGCUAUUUAUCAUGAAACACGACAACCAUAUAGAAAUGAUCCAUGUAAUGGAACAUAUAAUGGUGGUUGUGAACAUUUAUGUUUACUUGGACGAGGUAGUUUAUUAGCAAAUAGUUAUCAAUGUCGAUGUCAAUCAGGUUUUCGAUUAAAAUCCGAUUUAAAAUCAUGUGAACCGGUGAAAGAAUUUCUUCUUUUAACACGUUUAAUUUCUAUUCGUGCCAUUGAUUUUAAUCGUGAUUCAAAUAUUGAAGCACGACCACCAAUUGUACCUGAUCGACAAACUACUAUCUUAGAUUCUGCAUUUGAUUAUAGACAAAAUAUUGUAUAUUUUUAUUCUGCAAGAAAUCGUAUGAUUUAUUCAUCAACAAUAAAUGGUGAAAAAUCAGUACCAAUAACAACAUCAAAAGUAUUUCCACUCGUCACUGCUAUGGCAUAUGAUUGGUAUUCAAAAUUACUCUAUAUGACAUCAACUGCAGAACGUCAAAUAUUUGUUGUUCGAAUGAAUUCAAUAGAUUAUCCACAACGUAUUCUUGUUAAUGAUACCGUUAGUAUACAUGGUAUUGCUGUAGAUCCAUCACAAGGAUAUGUUUUCUAUUCAACAAUUAAUCGUCCAGCAAAAAUCUAUCGUAUGUUAGCAGAUGGAACAGAUCGUCGAGUCAUUGUUCCGAAUGAAUUGGGUACACCUUAUCAUUUAACAUGUGAUUAUAUAACAAAACGUCUUUAUUGGACUGAUGGUGCACUAUCACGUAUUCAAUAUUCAGAUUAUAAUGGUCAGAAUAUCCUAUCAUUACGAGGACGAUCAAUUUCACAUCCAUUUGGAAUUGCAAUAUACGGAUCUCGUCUGUAUUUUACUGAUGCGACAUUGGAAAGUGUAUUUGAAAGUAGUAAAACAUAUAGUGGAUAUGCAUCGGCUAUUCGAUCGAAUAUUCCAGCGAUUACAACAGUUCAUGUAUUUUCAGAAUCAUCUCAACCAUUAAAUAUUACACAUCCAUGUUGGGCAAGUAAUGGUGAAUGUUCAGAUUUUUGUUUUCCAAAACUAGAACAAGGUACUUUAACACGAAUAUGUGGUUGUCGUUAUGGUCGAAAAUUAAAUUCAGCAAAUAAUCGUGAAUGUAUUGAUAAUUCUCAAGAAGAACCAGAUCAAACAUCAUGUGUUGGACGAUAUCAAUGUCGAAAUGGUCGAUGCAUCCCAUCGAAUUAUAGAUGUGAUGGAGAAGAUGAUUGUUAUGAUAAUAGUGAUGAACAAAAUUGUCCAGCUGGGACACCUCAAUGUAGAACAAAUCAAUUUCAAUGUCGAAGUACUGGUGUUUGUAUAAAUAAUCAACUUGUUUGUGAUGGUUAUCCUCAUUGUCAAGAUCGAUCGGAUGAAUCAAAUUGCAGUCAAACUUGUUCAGAAAAUCAAUUUCGUUGUGCAACAGGAAAAUGUAUUCCUAAAUCAUGGAUAUGUGAUAAUCAAAAUGAUUGUGGUGAUUCAAGUGAUGAACAAAAUUGUCAUGAAAGAACAUGUGAUCCAUUAACACAAUUUACAUGUCCUCAUACACCGGGAAUGUGCAUUCCGACGGCAUGGAGAUGUGAUGGACAAAAUGAUUGUGGUGAUAAUGCAGAUGAACUUAAUUGUCCACCAAUUUCAUGUGGUGCUGGACAAUUCUUAUGUUCACGUGAUCGUCGUUGUAUAAAUGCAACACGUCGAUGUGAUGGUAUUGCAGAUUGUCAAACAAUGGAAGAUGAACAAAAUUGUUCGGGCUCAACACCAUCCUAUUGUCGAGCAGACCAGUUUCGUUGUGGAGCAACAUGUAUACCAAAUGCUUGGCGUUGUGAUGGUCAUCGAGAUUGUGCUGAUGGAUCUGAUGAACCAUCAACUUGUGGUGCACGAAAUUGUACAUCAACAGAAUUUCGUUGUGUAACGUCGAGUGAAUGCAUUCCCGAAGCAUGGGUGUGCGAUCAUGAAGAUGACUGUGAAGAUGGAUCAGAUGAACAAACACCACAAUGUCAAGCUACAACUUUUUCUUGUCCGGACAAUCAAAUGCCAUGUCCUGAUACAACAAUUCAUCAAUGUGUAAAUAUUUCACAAGUUUGUGAUGGUAAACUUGAUUGUCCUGGUGGCGGUGAUGAAUCUCCAUUAUGUAAUAGCGAUCAAUGUUCAAUUAAUAAUGGUGGUUGUAGUCAUCGAUGUCAUGCAUCACCAUUUGGUGUUCUUUGUCUUUGUGAACCUGGUUUUCAUGUAAAAAAUACAACAAAUUAUAAGAAAUGCGAAGAUAUUGAUGAAUGUGAAGAAGAUCCGUAUACAUGUCAUCAACAUUGUUUAAAUACAAAUGGAAGUUUUAUAUGUGGUUGUGAUGAUGGAUUUAUUUUACAAACAGAUGGACGAAGUUGUAAAAUUAUAAAUGAAACUGGUAUUCGUCUAUUAGUAGCCUUUGGUCCUACAAUGGCAUGGGCAUCACCAACAAUGCAAACCUAUGGUCGACUGAAUCUUGGUCCUGAUAUGCGUUAUUUACCUGCAUUUGAUAUUGAUAAUCGAACAAAUACAUAUUUCUGGUCUGAUUUAGCAGCAAAUACAAUCUAUAGUCGUACUCCACAAGCAAGAAAUUAUACUAAAAUUAUUUCAAGUGGUAAUAGUUAUAUAGCUGGUAUUGCAUUUGAUUGGAUUGGACGUAAUUUAUAUUGGACAGAUUAUAUUCUUGAACAUGUUGAAGUAUCAACAAUGGAUGGUCGUCAUCGUCGAAUAUUAUUUCAUGAAAAUCUAACAAAUCCAUGGGCAAUUGCUGUUGAUCCACGUGCUGGUGUACGAUUUUUAUUUCUGACUGAUUGGGGUAAAAAUCCUCGUAUUGAACGUUGUAGUAUGGAUGGUCAACAGCGUAUAACUAUUGUCAAUGAUUCAAUUCAAAUGCCAUUUGGUUUAACACUUGAUUUAAUACGUGAAGAAGUUUAUUUUACUGAUCGUCAUUUAAAUUAUAUUGAAGUUGUAAAUUAUAAUGGUGAAAAUCGACGAAAAAUUUUAUCAAAUACACAUUUUCUUCAUGCACCAACAUCUAUAACACUUUUUGAAAAUUAUCUUUAUUGGUUUGAUUCAAAUUCAAAUGAAGUUAGACGUUUAAAUCGUUUUGAACAUGGUAUUAAAGCACAAAGACAUGAAAGAAUAUUAUCACGAGCAGGAAUAAAUCAUAUGAAAAUAUCACAUCAAAUUUAUCAACCAUUAGAAUCAAAUCCAUGUCAACAAUCUCGUUGUACACAAUUAUGUCUUCUUUCUCAUAAUACAACAACAGGUUAUAAAUGUGCUUGUUCAACUGGUUUCUAUCUUGAACAAGAUCAAUUUACAUGUUCAAAAGAUUAUUCACCAUUUGUUAUUUAUAUGAAACGUAAUACUAUUGGUGGAAUAAGUAUUAAACAUGAUCAACAAUAUAUUGAUGAAAAUUCAAAUUAUGAUGAUUUAUGGGAACGUUUUGUUACUAUAACAGAUAUUCGUAAUGGUUAUGAAUUUGCAUUUGAUGAAAUUAAUGAAACUAUCUAUUGGGCACAAAUUAAACGUUACUUAACCGAUGGAACACCUUCUUAUGAAAUUCGUCGAAUUAGUUUCGAUGGUACGAAUGAAACUGUUUUUUAUGGUGAUGAUGAAAUAUUAGUUGGUAUGGAAGCUGGUACUAUGCAAGUCGAUGCAGUUGGACGUAAUCUAUUUAUUGCAAAUAUCCGUCAUAGUCGUAUUGAUGCUAUAUCACUUGAUAGUCAAUAUCAUACAAUUGUAUAUAGUAAUCAUGAAAAUGAAACUGGUAUUACACGACCAACUGCUCUUGAUCUUGAUACAAUAAAUGGUUAUGUUUAUUGGGUUGAUCUAGGUGGUGGAGUAAUUCCAAUGAAAAUAGCUCGUGUUCGUUUCGAUGGAAAAUAUCCUGAAAAUAUUAUUACUGAAAAUCUUUUACAACCAAAUUAUUUAGUUUAUAAUCUUGACCUUCAUUGUGUUUUUUGGAGUGAUAUUGGUUUACAAAAAAUCUCAUAUCAUUGUAUGGAUUCAGGUGAUACAAAAGUUCUUGAUGUUGAAGUAAAUCAUCCACGUGGUUUUGAUCUUCUUACUCAUACACUUCCGCAAACAUCAUCUGUACAAAUGAAUGAAAAUGAUGAUAUAUCAUAUACACAUUUUUCAUUAUUUUUUGUUGAUAAAGAUUUAGAAGGUGUUUAUAAAAAAUGGUUUGAUCAUAAUUUAAAUCCUAUAAGUGAUGUUAUUUCUGUACGAACAAAUCAAGAUAAUCCAUUACAAGUUCGCGUAUAUCCACGUUAUGAAGCUUUAAAUGCAUAUUGUUAUUAUGGUUCUUAUUGUGAACAAAUUUGUUUUCAAAUUGAUUCAAAUAACCGUAAUGCUCCAAUAUGUGAUUGUGCAAUUGGAUAUAAAUUAAAUAGCGAUGGACGAACAUGUACACCUAAAAGUCAACAAUAUAUUAUUUAUAGUACACAUGCAUUACUUCGAGCAUUUGAUUAUCGAUCAAAUGAUUCAGCAAGAGAAGAUGUUAUGCCAUUGAUUGCUGGUAAUAAUAUGGAAAUGCUUUCUGUUCGAUAUUCAACUCGUGAAUUAUACUGGAUAAAUGCCAAUCGAAUAAUACGUCGUGCUAUAUGGACAAAUAAUCGAACAUGGAAUGUAACUAGUUAUCUUCAAAUAAGUGUUGGAGCUGAACAAAAUAUUAUUCUUGGUCUUACACUUGACUGGAUAGCUGGCAAUUUAUAUUUUUCUUAUAUAUCAAAUACCUAUGGUCAUCUAGAAGUUAAUCGACUUGGUACAGAUCAUCGAUUAACUUUACGAAAAGGUAAAAAUGAAACGAUCUAUUCUCUUGCUGUUAAUCCAAAACGAAGAUUUCUCUAUUGGUGUGAUCGUGGUCCACGUGUUCGUAUAAGUCGUUCAUUACUCAAUGGUGAAAAUGUAACAUAUCUUGUAACAACACUAAUUAUUCGACCUGAAGCAAUAACAAUUGAUUAUCUUACUGAUGAUAUUUAUUGGUCAGAUUCAAUACGUGAUACUGUUGAAGUUAUAUCUUGGGAUGGAAAAAAUCGUCGUACAGUUUCACGUAAUAUUCCAAAAGCUAUUAGUUUACUUAUUGCGAAUAAUGAUUUAUAUAUCAUGGAUCGAGCUUUUUCAUCGAUAAUGCGUAUUAAUAAAACGGUUACUAAUAUAACACAACGUUUAGAAUCAAUAUUAACAUUAAAAACUUAUGAAGUUGGUGGUAUGGUAUUAUUUGAUGAACAGCCAAUUUAUGAAUCUCCAUGUCAAACAUCAACAAUUCGACAACGUUUUUGUGAAGAUCUUUGUUUUGCUAUACCUGGUUCGAGUGUUCCACAAUGUGCAUGUGCAUAUGGAACAUUAAGUAGUGAUCAACGAACCUGUACACCACCAAAUGAAUAUUUACUUGUUGCAAUGGAAAAAGAAAUUCGUUCAAUGUCAAUGCAACCACAUGGUCUAGGGACAAGUGCACCAUGGCGAUCAAUAAUGAAUUUAAGUUUAGCUGUUGGAAUUGAUUUCGAUUAUCGUGAUAAGAAAAUAUUCUAUACGGAUCUUGGACCACAAGAUAUAUUUUCAUUUGAUAUGGAUGAUCCGAAUCCACAUGCUCGACAAUUAGUACAAUCGAAUGUUACUGGACGUUCACGACCAGUGGGUAUUGCAUAUGAUUGGGUAUCAGAUCGUUUAUAUUGGACUGAUGAAACAUAUGGAAGAAUAAUAUCUGCAAAACAAAAUGGUUCAGAAAGACUUAUUGUAGCAGCUAGUUCCCGUCCAAGAGCAAUUGCUGUUCAUCCAUGUAAAGGAUUAUUAUUCUGGUCAGAUACUGGAGUAUAUCCAUCCAUUCGUCGUUCAACAUUAACUGGAAGACAAGUCGCUUAUUUAAUUACGACUAAUAUUCGAUGGCCAAAUGGUUUAACAAUAGACUUUGAUGAUGAUAGAAUUUAUUGGGCAGAUGCAUGGUUUGAUCGUAUUGAACGUGCAUCCUUGGAUGGUACAAAUCGAGAAGUUAUUUCAACAGUUGUUCAUCCAUUUGCAUUAACUGUUCAUGGACAUUAUAUAUAUUGGACUGAUUGGUCUUUUCGUGGUAUUUAUCGUGCAGAAAAAUAUUCUGGUGCUAAUAUGGUUGAAAUGCAAAAUAAUCUUCCAUAUCGUCCAAUGGAUAUUCAUGUUGUAUCUGAUCAACGUCAAAAAUGUUCAUAUUCACCAUGUAAUAUAAGUAAUGGUGGUUGUAGUCAUAUAUGUAAAACUGGACUUAAUAAUCAAGUUGAAUGUGCUUGUCCAAGUGGACAACAAUUAAAAUUAGCAAAUGAUCAACGAAUGUGUGUUCCAAUAUCAUCAUCAUGUGUAUCCGUUAAUUUUACUUGUCGAAAUGGACAAUGUAUUUCACGAAGAAAAGUUUGUGAUAGUCAAGCGGAUUGUAGAGAUAAUUCAGAUGAAGAUACAAGAUUUUGUUCACAAUAUAAUUGUCGACCAACUGAAUAUCGAUGUUUAAGUGGUGGUUGUAUUCCAUAUAUUGAAAGAUGUGAUCGAAAAUUAGAUUGUAAUGAUGGUAGUGAUGAAAAUAAUCCAUUUCAACCAUGUGUAUAUCCACAAUGUCCAGAAGGACAAUUUACUUGCAGUAAUUUUCGUUGUAUCGAUAAUUUCAAACGUUGUAAUGGAUAUGAUGAUUGUUUUGAUGGAAAUGCAACAGAUGAAGUUAAUUGUCCAUCUCGUGUUUGUAAUGGAACAAAUAGUAUGAAAUGUCCAAAUAAUAAUAUUUGUAUUCAAAAAACUUAUCUAUGCGAUGGUGAUAAUGAUUGUGGUGAUAAUAGUGAUGAAAGUCCAAUUUUUUGUCAUAGUAUUCAAUGCAAUACAACGGAAUUUCGAUGUGGCAAUGGUCGUUGUAUACCAUACUCUUGGGUAUGUAAUGGUCGACGAGAUUGUGCAGAUAGUACAGAUGAACCACCUGAUUGUCGUGCAUCAAAUCGAACAUGUCCAACUGGACUUUGGAAAUGUGAUAAUGGUCGAUGUAUCAGUCCCGAUCAACGAUGUAAUGGUAUUGAUGAUUGCCGAGAUGGUAGUGAUGAAGAUGAACGACAUAAUUGCGCUGAAAUGCCAUGUCGUUCAACACAAUUUCGUUGUCCGACAGGUUUAAAAAAUAAUCCACGUUUAAGUUGUCUUGAUCAAUCAGCUGUUUGUAAUGGAGUUGCGAAUUGUAUGCGUGGAGAAGAUGAAGCAAAUUGUACAAGACGUAAUUGUUCAUCACUUCAAUUUCAAUGUGCGAAUGGUCUCUGUAUACCACGCUCAUAUGUUUGUGAUCAUGAUAAUGAUUGUGGAGAUGCAUCAGAUGAACCUGCAUCAUGUGCAUCACAAUAUCGAAAUUGUAGUAGUACAGAAUAUCGAUGUGAAAAUGGUCGAUGUAUAUCGAAAUUAGCAACAUGUAAUGGAUAUAAUGAUUGUCAUGAUAAUUCUGAUGAAAAACCAUCCUUAUGUCAAGCAGAACAAUGUCCAAAUGGACAAUUUCAAUGUCGAAAUAAACAAUGUAUACCAUAUGAAGUUGUUUGUAAUGGUGUACGAAAUUGUACGGAUGGAAGUGAUGAACCUGCUAGUUGUGGAGUUAAUGAAUGUGCUUCAUCAAUAUUAAGUGGUUGUGAACAUGGUUGUAUUAAUACAUUAACUUCAUUUCGAUGUACAUGUCGUCCGGGUUAUAAACUAGCACCAAAUAACAAAAAUUGUUGGGAUAUUAAUGAAUGUGUUGACACUCCAAGUGUUUGUCAACAAUUUUGUGAAAAUACUCCAGGUUCUUACAUAUGUAAAUGUGCAUCUGGUUAUGAAAAAGAUCUUAGUGGUCGUAAAUGUUAUCGAACAAAUCAAACCAUUGUACCACAUAUAUUUUAUACAAAUAAAUAUUAUGUUCGUGGAAUAGAUCUUGAUGAACAAACUGAAAUGACUAUUGCUAGUGGUUUUAUGGAACUAUCAAGUGUAGCAUAUGAUUGGAAAGAUCGAAAAUUAUAUGUUGGUGAUGAUGUUGCUACUAAAAUCUAUCGAAUGAAUUUAAAUGGUACACAAUCAACUGUUUUAAAACAAGGAAAUCAUAUACGUAGUCUUCGAGCAUUAUCUAUUGAUUGGAUUGGAAGAAAAUUAUAUCAGUUAUUAGGUAUACCGGAACUUCGUGUUUGUGAAUUAGAUGGUCGUUAUGAAAUAACAUUACUGAAUUCAAGAUAUUUAUCUCAACCAAAUUAUCUUUCUAUUGAUCCAUUAGUUGGUUAUUUAUUUUAUUCAGAUUGGGGUCAACCACAUAUUGGAAGAAUUAAUUUAGAUGGAAGUAAUUUUGUUAAAAUUAUUGGUACAGAUAUAGCUGGACCAUUAGGUUUAACAGUUGAUAUUAUAACUCAAAGAAUUUUUUGGAUUGAUAGACCUUUACAAAGAUUAGAAUUCAGUAAUUAUAAUGGUGGACAACGUAAAACAGCAUUUUCUGGUCAUGAUUAUGUUCCAUAUUCGCUUAGUAUUGCAUUUAUUGAUGGUUAUAUUAUUUGGUCUGAUAUUACCAAUCAUUCAUUAAUAGCUGCUGAUGCAUUGAAUGGUUCGAAUAAACAUGUUGUUGUACCAAAUACAAUAAAUGAAGUCGUUGCUGUUACUAUAAUUCAUCCAUCAUUACAACCACAAAUUCCUAAUCCAUGUGGAAGAAACAAUGGUGGUUGUUCACAUUUAUGUUUAUUAUCAACAAAUCAAUCUUAUACAUGUGCAUGUCCUGAACAUUUUUCAUUUCUUAAUAAUGGAAAUAAUCGAACAUGUGUAUCGAAUUGUAGUUGUAAUCAACAUCGUUGUGGUCCACCAAAUGAACGAUGUAUUCCAUGGUCAGCAAAAUGUAAUGGAGUACGUGAUUGUGAGGAUGGAUCUGAUGAACCAAGCACAUGUCCACAAAGACGAUGUACAGCAAAUCAAUUUCAAUGUCGAAAUCAAAAUUGUACAUCAAUUUCAUUUGUUUGUGAUGGAACGAAUGAUUGUGGUGAUAGUUCAGAUGAAGAAAAUUGUGAAUGUCGUUGUAUGCCAGGAACAUUUCGAUGUAAUUCUGGUCUAUGUUUAUCAAUGAGAUUUCGUUGUGAUGGUUUUCGACAAUGUUCUGAUGGUAGUGAUGAAUUAGAUUGUGGUAAUCGUACAUGUUCACAUCAUCAAUUUACAUGUACUAAUGGUCGAUGUAUACCAGCAUCAUAUGAAUGUGAUCUAGAUAAUGAUUGUGGAGAUAAUAGCGAUGAAAAUGCUUAUUUCUGUCGCAAUCGACCAUGUCGUCCUGAUCAAGUUCGUUGUCCAAAUUCUUAUAAAUGUAUUCCAAAUGCAGCACGUUGUAAUGGAAGAAAUGAUUGUGGAGAUAAUAGUGAUGAAAAUCCAAAUCAAUGUCCGGCAUGUAAUGAUGCAAAUCAUUUUCGUUGUAAUAAUGGACAAUGUAUUAUAAGAAGUUUUCGAUGUAAUCAUCGAAAUGAUUGUCGUGAUGGAUCUGAUGAAAAUCCAGCCACAUGCGUUUAUCGAGAAUGUAGUGAAGAUGAAUUUCGUUGUUCGAAUGGUCGAUGUCUUCCUCAACGAUGGGUAUGUGAUGGUGAUAAUGAUUGUGGUGCUGGUGAUACAUCAGAUGAAACAGCUGACUGCGCUUCUCGACCUUGCCCCGAUGGUAAAUUUAAAUGUGCAUCUGGUCAUUGUAUUAGUAAUACAAGCCGUUGUGAUGGAUAUCCACAAUGUCGUGAUGGUUCAGAUGAGGCAGGCUGUCCGCCACGUUAUCCAGAUGGUCAAUAUUGUCCAGCAGAUCGUUUUACUUGUAACAAUACACUUUGUAUUAAUAAAAAUUGGGUUUGUGAUGGAGAUAAUGAUUGUCGUGAUAAUAGUGAUGAAACACUUGAAUUAUGUCGAACAGUACCUUGUAAUACAACAAAUCAUUUUCGAUGUACAAAUGGUCGAUGUAUCUAUCGAUGGCGUCUAUGUGAUCAUAUUGAUCAUUGUGGUGAUGGCAGUGAUGAAGAUAUACAUGGUGUAUGUCAAACAAGAAAUCAACCAUUAACAUGUCCACAAUAUCAUUGUCCUCAUACAAAUCGUUGUAUACGAUUUACAGAUCUAUGUGAUGAAUAUGAUGAUUGUGGUGAUGAAUCCGAUGAAUUAUCCUGUCAUCAUAAUACAACAAUAACAUGUGCAAAUCAAACAAAUCAUUGUGAACAACGAUGUCAUGAUUUACCAAAUGGUCGAGGAAUUGUUUGUUCAUGUCAAUCAGGUUAUAAGAUUAAUAAAGAAUCUUUAAAAUGUGAAGAUAUUGAUGAAUGUCAAAAUUUAACAUUAAAUUAUUGUUCACAAAUAUGUAUUAAUACAAAAGGUAGUUAUCGCUGUGAAUGUGCAUCUGGUUUUGAACCAAGUGCUGUUAAUAGAUCAGAUUGUCAACCAACAGAUCAAACUUUCGAUAUUCUUAUAUCAGAACCUGAAGAAAUUGUUCGUCUUCGUCGAAAUUUACUUGAAAAUGCAAAUCAUUAUGGUGUUCUCGUUGAAGAUCAACAUAGUGCUGGUUUUAUGUCUAUUGAUUCAAAUAAUCGUAUAGUCUAUUGGAUGGAUGAAUCAAAUUCCGAAGUUUAUCGUGCUCAUCUUAUACCAAGUACAAUAUCAACAACAUUUCCUCAAGAACUUUUAUUUGAAGAUACUGAUCAUACAAUAAUGCCAACAAGUUUAUCUAUUGAUUGGAUUGCUCAAAAUCUUUAUAUAACUGAUGCUAUUCAUGGUUGUAUAUGGGUUAUGAAAAAUGAUGGACGUUAUGCAACAAAAUUAAUAACAGAUAUUGAAUCUCCAUGGAUUGUUACAGUUAAUCCAAUUCUUGGAAUAAUUUAUUUUAUUAAUUUUAAACAUGACAUACGUGAAAAUUCUACAGACUAUGAUGUUACAAUUGAAUCAGCUUAUAUGAAUGGAGAAAAUCGUACAAUAUUAAUUGAUACGGAUAUUAUUUAUCCAACUGAUUUAAUAAUUGAUUUCUAUCAAAAUUAUCGUGUUUAUUGGACUGAUGAAAAGAAAGAAUCUAUUGAAUCAAUGAAUUAUGAUGGAACAGAUCGAUUAACUAUAGCACAUAUUGGUAUUCAUGCACCACAUUCAUUAGAUAUAUUUGGUAGUCAAUUAUAUUGGAUUAAUCGGGAAAAUCGUUCAGUUUAUACAAUUGAAAAAUUUGGUCGUGGUCUUUCAACACUUGUACUUGAUAAUUUAGAAUCACCUCUAUUCGUAAGAAUUCAUCAUCCAUUAAAACAAAUUCAAACAGUAUCAAAUCCAUGUUCAACUGCUAAUUGUUCACAUUUAUGUGUUUUAAAACCAUCAAAUCAAUAUCAAUGUUUAUGUCCACUUGAUACAACAUUACAAGAAGAUAGUCAAACAUGUGAUGCUCCUAUUGUUUCUGAACUUCCAAGUAUGGUACAAUGCCAUUGUUUACAUGGUAAAUGUAUUUAUCGUUCUGAUCGUACUAAUAAUGAUCAAUUAAUGGGUUGUGUUUGUUUACCUGGUUAUGCGGGUCAGUAUUGUGAUAGACGAAGUAUCAUUAAUGUAAUUAAUGAACAUAAAUAUAAAAUUCUUAUUAUUGGAUUAAUUAGUUUAUUAUUGAUUGGUAUUCUUGGUAUUGGUCUUAUGCAAUUCAGACGUAGACAAAAUUUACAACCAAUGCCAAGUAUACCAUUACCUACAAAUGUUCGAUCAGCAUUAAAUAAUUUCCGUAAUUUUAUUACACGUUCAACAGAUAAUAUUAAUAUAGUACGAUUUCGAAAUGCUCGACCGAACACAACAAGUACUACAUCAACAAUGGAAUCACCACCGGUAUUUUCUAAUCCGAUGUUUAAUGCAACAACAUCAUCUAAACAAUCAUCCGUAUCGAAUGAACCAGCUAAAUUAAAUGUAGAACUUCUUCCACCUCCAUCAAAACCAAAUCGAAAAAAUGCUCCACCGUCUCCUCUAUCUCAACAACAACAAUUCGAUCCUCAAGGCAAAGAAACUGAUCAUGAUAAAGCCAGUUUAGUUGUACGAAGCAGCGGUAGCAAUGCAUGA